AUGUCUCUUCCACAUCCCGACAAGACCUUUUUCAUCCUCCGAUCAUUGAUUUACCACCCAGAUGACCUCAUUCAACUGGGUCAAGUCAUCACAGACCCCAGAACUCCAUACAUCCGACUUGCACCACCAGUACCUCUCACUGAUCCCCUGAAGGCACGCAUAGCCAAAUCUAGUAAUUGGAGCUUAACCUUGAACGAAGUCGACGAAAAGUCCAUUGGCGUGUUUGCUCACAUUAUCAAAAUCUUGUCGGCCGAAGCAGGCGGGUCUACGUCUCAAGUCGAGGUGCUGAAGCGGCGAGGCGCGGUUCUGGAGACCCAAUACUUCGAAAUCUCUGAAGACCCCACCUACGUCAAGAGAACCUCGCAGGUCGAGGUGAUCCGGGAUGAGUUACAGAAGCUCAGAAGCUCGGGGAAAACACUCUACAUGGUGACUGGAAUCAAGAUUGUGAGGUGGCCAGGGGAGGCUCUUCAUGAGCAAACGGAUUCGGCGACGGCAGAAGGCAAGGCAUCAGCUAUCCUGGACCCCGAAGGGCGGGUUGAAGGCGGCUUCGAUGCAAGGACGCACACGUCUAAUGCCACGAUCACCGCCGAGACUCCAGAUACUUCCUAUGUUGUGGCAUAUCGCCUGCGUAGACUGAGAGUGAGCUGGAUACAACGCCGUCUCGAUCUACGCGAGGAACAGGGCGGUGCGGAAAUGAGCGGGGUGGGUCGCUGGAGCACCAAUGACGAGGAAAGCUUUACUGUAGAAGAUGAUCCUGAUUGUUGGGAGAUCGAGGAUGCGAGUGCGGAUUUCAAGGACUUUGGGCCAUCUUUGGCGAUGAAGGACGGCAAAAUGGAGGCUAUCGACGAAGAGGAUAGCAGUACUUGCUUAGUUAUCCGGGCAGCAUGA